GAACACGGUUCAACGAAUUCUAAUUUCGUUUCGAUAGUUAAUCGAAGGAGUGGUAAAUUCAAUUAUAGCAAACAGCUGCAUCAUCAAGAGAUCAAGAUGUUUUGUUGCUGGCACGACUUUAUAAUUCCUACUUUAUGUCUGUCGCCCUUCAUAGCAAUCGUUCUACUGCUCUAUUUCACUGGUAAUAUCGAUCUUCUCCCGGAGGUGACCAAGCUUUUCCUGCACAGCCUUUAUUGCUAUGUCGAUGCAUUCUUCCAUUUUGUUGUCCCACGCAAACAAAAAAGCAUCGAAGGGCAGACUGCACUGGUAACAGGUGCGGGACAUGGGAUCGGAAAAGAAAUAACGUUGGCUUUGGUUAAGAAAGGGGUUAAAGUGGUUCUCUGGGAUAUAGAUGAGGAAAACAUGGAUAAAGUAGUUAAAGAGGUGAACAACUUAGGUGGACAAGCCUACCGUUAUGUAUGUGAUGUUACAGACAAAGAGAAAGUGUACAAAACUGCCGAAGAAGUUUCAAAAGAUGUAGGAAACAUUGAUAUUUUGGUAAACAAUGCUGGGACUGUCAUUGGAAAAGAGUUUAUUGUGUGCAGUGAUUCAGACAUUGAAAAGACAAUGAAUCUCAAUUUGAUGUCUCAUUUUUGGACAUUGAGAGCUUUUUAUCCUGGCAUGGUUGAAAGAAACAGUGGUCACAUUGUAGCUAUAUCAUCUAUCUUGUCUCUCUUUUCUUGUCCUAAAUUAGUAGACUAUUGUACCUCAAAAGCUGGAGCGAGUAUGAUAAUGGAGUCAUUACGACAAGAAGCAUUGUAUGCAAACAAACAUGGGAUUUGUUUUACAACAAUUUUACCUACAAAGGUCAAUACUGGAUUAUUUGAAGGGGCAAAAGGAAGAUUCACCAAUAUACCACCAACAGUUUCAGCUGAAUAUGUGGCAAAGAAAACGAUAGAUGCAAUUGAAAGAAAACAAAUUUAUGUUAUUUUGCCAUCUUGGUUGGCCUUGAUAUUUGCCCUAAAACCAUUCUUCCCACAAAAACUACAUGAUGAAUUGCACAAGUUCACCAAGUUGAACGACGGAAUGAAAGAUUUUGUUGGACACCAGAAAAAGGUUUAAAGUUCAUGGAUUUUAGUGGAGAAUACAAAUUGCCAUAAUACAUAACAUAAUAAGCCACAAAAUUAAAAAAAUUGUCUGAACGUUACCAAUAAAAAAUUACUUAAGAUAUA